GGUUAAGUCAGAGGCUGCAAGAGACGUAGUGAAGCCAAUAUAGCCAAGCCAAAUGACAGUUUAACUCUGACCGGGGAAAUAACCCAAUCUACUGGAAACGUAUUGAAGUUAGCAAAGUCAGACGGCCAAGAAGUAAUCAAAACACAGUUUAUUCACAAUUAAUACAAGACAUCAAUUUAACCAAAUAUAACACUAAUCUAAUUCAUUCAAACAUGUGGCCACAAACCCCUAAACUAUAUCAUCUACAUUAGAAAGUACAAUACAUUACUCAGAAACAAUACAAAAAUUAAACAAUUACAUACCUCAGCUGAGUGGGUACAGAGUAAAUGCAGAAAAUAUCUAAUUACAGAUGUAAAUCCACACAGCACUAUGUGGGAGCUCUGAUUACAGAGUGUCUCCACUUGCUACUCUGGAGCUCUUCCUGAAGUAUUUCAAACCAAGUGACGGCAUAUCUUUGAAGACCAAAUACUGUGAUUGAUUAUUUUAGGGGCUGUUUUGAUCUUGUGUGUGUGUCCUGGUGAACUGCUGAUCUUAUCAAUUCUCAGACCCUCAGCCAAUCAAAUUGCUUUAGGAGGAAUGUGGGGAUUCCUUUGUUCUACCAGGUGAUACGAUCACCUGCUUUGGUGGCUUUAGUCUUACUUUCUAUAUUUCUCUUAUGUGAGAAUAUACUGCUUUAAGGUUGAGAUUAUUAUGCUCGUCAUACUGUGGACAUUCAAACGAGACCAAACAUGGGUGUAUAUGUCCCUAAUGUUAGUCUGGGGUGAUACCUCCUGUGUUAAUGUGAGUUAGCGAGUGUAGGAUGCAUCUGUGUCUUGAGGCAGUCAGGCCUUGUUGCUGGAAUUUGGCUGUGAGGUUCUGGUCACUCAGUGGGGGCGCACCAGACCACGCCAAGGGAGGAUCGUCGUAAUGUGCUUCAACCAUUACAGAACCCCAUUAUGUCUGCGCCUGCCAUCCUGACACAUGUAUUGGACUCUCUACAACACCCAGUGUCAACCUGCAUUGUGUCUUAAUAACUGGCAACAGCUGUACUACGUUCACUGUCCUAUGCGUAGGCUGCCGUUAACACUAGCGCAGAGAUGGCUGUGUUUGGAGUGGUGCCGUAACCGGGAGACAUGGACUGAUUACGAGAGGUGUCAUACCAUGUUCAGCGACGAAUCUCGGUUCUGCAUUACCAUGGAUGAGUGUCGUGUGCAUGUAUGGUGGCAGUGAGGUAAGAGGACCAAUCCUGCCAAUGAGAGGAGAGAACCAAUCCUACCAAUGAGGGGAGAGGACCAAUCCUGCCAAUGAGAGAAGAGGACCAAUCCUGCCAAUGAGAGGAGAGGAACAAUCCUGCCAAUGAGGGGAGAGGACCAAUCCUGCCAAUGAGGGGAGAGGACCAAUCCUGCCAAUGAGGGGAGAGGACCAAUCCUGCCAAUGAGGGGAGCGGAACAAUCCUGCCAAUGAGAGAAGAGGACCGAUCCUGCCAAUGAGGGGAGAGGACCAAUCCUGCCAAUGAGAGGAGAGGACCAAUCCUGCCAAUGAGAGGAGAGACACACCAGCGUUACUCCUGGCAUCAUGGUGUGGGGAAUCAUAGGGUACGACUUCAUGUCAUCUUUGGCAGUGAUUCAGGGGACCCUGAGGGUACAGAGCUACAUCAGAGACAUCCUGCGUCCACGUGUCUUACUCCUCCUGAGACAGCACCCUGGUACAGUCUUUCGACAAGACAAAGCCUGUCCACUCGCGGCACAUGUGUCUAUGGACUGCCUGUGUCAUGUUGAGGUCCUCCUAUCCCUUACGAAAAUUUACCAUGGUUUUACUAUGAUUACUGACAUGGGACCAGCGGUGUUCCCAUACUGCCAACUGUGUUGUUCGUUUGAUCUGAUAUUAUAAUCAUUGAGAUACAGUCACAUUACCUGUCACCACAUUUAGAUUAAUUUAAUUUCCAUAACUUUGUCUGGGUGCUUUUUGUCACUGAGUGUAUAGGUAUAUAUGAAUUUUCCUAAUCUGCUUCGUUUUAGUGUUUAUUUUAUUAGUGCUUCUUUUUAUGAGUAACCGGAGCAAUAUAUAAACAUUUAUGAUAUAAAGGAAACGAGGAAACACAGGAGGCACCACAAAGCGGACUCGUAACCAUAAGUGUUAGUUAACUCAAAAUAACGCUGUAAUGACACCGCCGUUGGCAGCCAAAGCAUUUCUUUAAAGCGAUAAAAACUACAAAUACCAGGGCAAAUUGGGAUACCAUACUUAGGAAUCAUCAUAAUUUUUUUGACGAAAAGCAAAACGAAUUAUAUACUUAUAAAAUGAGUUUAUUGCUUUGACAAUUAUUCCGAUUUUAAAUUACAUGUAUAGAAUACGUUUCACGAAUAAUGUUUUAAAUAAAUGUGAAAAAUACCGUGUCAACUAUAAAACUAUAUGUUAAGCCAUAACCAUUUAGGACUCAAGGCAUGAUCUUUGUACACGGUUCCUAAGGUGUGGAAGAAGGAAACGCUUCGUUUCUACGUGUAUGGACCUGUCAGGUGACAGAGGGACUUGGGUAUUGGUUUAGUUGGUUGGUUGGUUUGUUGUUUAACAACAAAGGCAAUUGAUAUUUACAUGAAAAUAGCUAAAAGAUCAUCCAUCGGUAUGCGUACACGGAUCUUGUGAAACAGGACUAUUUAAUGCAAGGCAUCUCCUAUUUGCAGGCGAUCAGACUGCAGCAUGCUGGACACCGUGACCGCAGUGGUGAGGUUUUCUGUCUAUGGCAAUGGCAGCGUCCUCCCUACGUCAGCCGGGAACGCCUCCGCGGCCCCUACCUGGUAUCCGGAGCCAGAGACCAACAUCACCAGGCCACACAAGUGUCUCCAGAUCCUAUAUGAAGACAUUGGCACCUCUCGAGUACGUUUCUGGGAUGUGCUGCUGCUCGUGCCUAACGUGGCCUUCUUCGUGUUCCUGAUGUGGAAGCUGCCGUCGGCCCGAGCCAAGAUUCGUGUCACCUCCAGCCCUAUCUUCAUCACAUUCUACAUACUGGUGUUUGUGGUAGCUGCGGUGGGGAUCACACGUGCCAUUGUCUCCAUGACUGUAUGUGCCUCCAACGCUGCCACUAUCAUUGACAAGGUGCUCUGGGAGAUCACUCGCUUCUUCCUGCUCACCAUCGAGCUGAGUGUCAUCAUCUUGGGUUUGGCCUUUGGGCAUCUUGAGAGCAAGUCCAGCAUAAAACGUGUUCUGGCCAUAACUGCUGUGCUGGCACUGGUGUACUCCGUGUCACAGGGCACCUUGGAGAUCUUGUUCCCUGACCAGCACUUGUCUGCGGAGGACUUCAACAUCUAUGGCCAUGGGGGGCGCCACUUCUGGCUGGCCAGCUCCUGCUUCUUCUUCCUGGUUUAUUCUCUGAUAGUCAUCCUUCCGAAGACUCCGCUCAGGGAGAGACUGUCCCUGCCAUCCAGGAGAAGUUUCUACAUUUAUGCUGCCAUACUGUCAUUCCUCAACUUCUACCAGGGCCUGGGCAGUGCUCUGCUCUGUGCCGACAUUAUCCAGGGGCUGUGCUGUGUUGAUGUGACAACGUUCCUGUACUUCUCUGUGUUUGCGCCGCUGAUCUACAUCACGUUUCUCCGAGGGUUUUUUGGCUCGGAGCCCAAGGUCCUGUUCUCAUACAAGUCUCAGAUUGACGAGCCCGAUGACACAGAUGUGCACCUUCCCCCCACCACUGUUGUGGGCCGCAAGGUGCUCGGACGCGGCCCCUACUCCAACACGCAAAUUGACGGCUCAGCGGCUUACCUGGAUGAUGUCGUGUCUGGGCCCUUUGGGGUGGGCAGCAUCAACAAUGCCGACAGUGACCACUGGAGGCCCAUCAACGUCUAGAUUAUGGGUGGCUCCCAUAAGAAGAAGACAGAGAGGCCUGGUUAACGCCACCUUUCUAGGACCUGUUGACUUGUGGGAUCAGGCACAUCAGACACCGCCAAAACCUUCAGCAUGAGUUAUGACUUUUCUGCAAAGUCUAGACCUGAUGUUCAUAGCUAUCUUAAAUAGUCGUCCCCUAAAGGUUUGACAGCAAAGCAGGCCAAAAAUCCUAGGACAUGUGAUACCUUUUACAAGUACAUUCCCUUUUGACUCACUGGGUUUCUUAUUGUCUCGUAAUGCUAUAGUUAUCUUGGCACCUGUCUGUCGGCGCUGUGCCUCCUGGUUUAGAGAUCUGCAUCAGGGUAUUAAACAUCUAAGAAGCAAAUGCUUGUGUUAUAUUAAGUGUUUUGACUUUAGCAUUAUUGGUAUUAUCAGUAGAAUCAGUACUCGAUGUAUGUGUUAUGUUCAUUAUUUUACAUGAAGAAGCCCUGUAUGAAAACAGUGAGCUCUGAUGUUUGCAGGAUGAACGGCUCGCAUCUUGCGCACUGAUGUAUCUACGUAAUAAUUGCACGCUUGGCUUUUAUUCUUGGCUCCUUUCCAGUUGAGUUGUCUUAUUCUGUGAAUAGUGCACAUAUGUACACACACACUAUUACCCAGUGAUUCUCAAAGUGAAUCUGAGACAUGUUAAACACACCUUAAGCCUGGACUCCCUAAAAGAUUUUUGAAACCCGCAGAAGAGACAUCAGCGAUCAUUUGUUUCUCCGGUCAACAUUACUGAGCCAUGUAGGUUUGAGAUGAGUAUGAACACAGUGUUGCACACUGCUUUGAAUAAUUUUUACUGGUGCAUCUCCACUCAUUAGAUUCUGUUGUGGAUGUAUUUAUUUUUAUUCCUGAACCUGUCAUUGCCGCAAGUAUUUUAUGUGCAGAGGUAGUAUGUCUACAAAAUGAAUUACUAUUCUGUCUGCAAACUUGAUAAGUCAUUCGUGUAUGUUCAGUGCUUUUUGUGAUAACAUUUUUUCUGCAAGUCUAAACCUAAAACAAGGGGUUGGGGAAAGGGGAAAAACAAAAAUAUGGAAACUGGUAGGUCUCUCCAGUAAUUUUGAUCUAACAAUGCUGAUUGUGUACAGGUAGUCGUUCUAGGCUAUGCCUCUUGCUUAACUGUACCUUUUACCAGCAAAUUACCGUUACUGUCACAAUUUUAUGAAUGUCCUUAAACACAGUAGAAAAAAAAAUCUUUAUUUUUGUGCACUCUUGAUCAAAAUAAUGGGAUCAGAUGAGUAAUUAGCCAAAAAUUCCUGGAGAUGAAACUUAUGUAUACAUACAUAGUAGACGUCAGGUAAAGAUAAAAAUAUAUAUAUUUGUAUGUGAAUGGAUUGUUUUGAAAAAAAAAAUCUACAAUUUUAAUUAUUUCAUUACAAUAUUGCAUUAGGGAUUUUCUUCUGCAAGACAUUAAAUCAUGUGUUGAACAUUC